AUGUGCAGCCUGGCAGCGUUGGCGCGCGGCUGCCGGCCCGCCGCCAAGCCGUGCUGCCUCUGCUGGUGUUGCUGUUGCUCCUGCUCCUGGGCCAAGUGGCUGGCGGCGCGCAGCUCGGAGGGCGGUCCCGGUAAGAAGCCACGUGAGCCUGGACCGCACGAGCCGUUGCUACUUGACGGAGAUGCACCGCCUACGUUGGAGGAGAUUCAGAGCUGGGGCCAAUCUUUCGAUCGCCUCAUGCGCAGCGCAGCGGGACGUAAAGUAUUCCGAGAUUUUCUUCGCGGCGAGUAUUCCGAAGAGAACAUAAUGUUUUGGCUCGCGUGCGAAGAGCUCAAACGAGAAACAAAUCCAGAAGCUGUCGAGGAAAAGGCACGCUUUAUCUACGAGGAUUACAUCUCCAUACUUUCACCUAAAGAGGUGUCACUAGACUCCCGCGUGCGCGAGACGGUGAACCGCAACAUGGUGGAGCCCACGCCGCACACGUUCGACGAGGCCCAGCUGCAGAUCUACACGCUGAUGCAUCGCGACUCUUACCCGCGCUUCGUCAACUCGCCUUUGUAUAAGGCGCUAGCGCACAUGUCGGCUGGCUCACCCUCAGCGGCGUCACCCGCAACCGCCACCCCCGCGCCCACACCCGCCCCCGCGGACAAG